GAGGACUUAUUUCUUUACGCACAGUACACUAUUGUGGUCUUACAAGAAUUCACAGCGACAAAUCCCUGUCUGGGCUUUAAACGUGACACCUCGGCCCACCCCGCCCUGUGAAAAUGCUGGUGCUGCUUGCAUUUAUCAUCAUCUUCCACAUCACCUCCGCGGCAUUGCUGUUCAUCUCCACCAUCGACAAUGCCUGGUGGGUAGGAGAAGACUUCUUUGCAGAUGUCUGGAGAGUGUGUUUUAACAGCACAAAUUGUACAGAAAUCAAUGACACCUUUCAAGGUUACUCCACGCUGCAGGCGGUGCAGGCCACCAUGAUCCUGUCCACCAUCCUCUGCUGCAUCUCCUUCCUGAUCUUCGUGCUGCAGCUCUUCCGGCUCAAGCAGGGAGAGAGAUUCGUGUUAACGUCCAUCAUCCAGCUCAUGUCUUGUCUGUGCGUCAUGAUUGCAGCUUCCAUUUAUACAGACCGGCGCGAAGACCUGCACCGCGACAACGCGGACUUGUACGCGCUGACCUCGGAGGGCACCUACGGCUAUGCCUUCAUCCUGGCCUGGGUGGCCUUCGCCUGCACCUUCACCAGUGGCCUCAUGUACCUGAUACUGAGGAAGCGCAAAUAGAGCCCCAGGAGCUAGGUCGCUUUCGGGCAGUGCAGUCCACAUUCAGAUAACCAUUUUGUAUAUAAUCUUUUUUUUUUUUUUUUUUUUUUGUGGUUUUUCUAGCAAACAUAUUGUUUCCUUUAAAAGCCAAAAAAGGAAAGAAGAGAGGAGUUUUUGCAUUCUUGGGAUGAGAGGAUAGAGACCCAGGCUGGUCCUCAGAACUGCCCACCUGAGUCUCCACAAGACAAAGAUAAGAGACUCAGCCAUGCCCAGAGCCACGCAGGCUCGACAAGGUGUUUCUUAACCUUGGGGACGUGAUGGGAUGUGACAGGAGACCUCGAGGACCCACUGUCUGUGGGUUUCCACCACCCAAGCCCCUGCUGACUUCAGCUCCCCUCCCUGCAUCUCCUGUUAGCAGUGGGAGGCGGGGUGAGGAGGGCUCCCGUCAGGCAGGAGAACCUGCUGUGGUGUUAGCCCAAGUUCCACGUGGGAAGCAGGUGUGGCCUCGGACAGUCUAUCUACACCCAAACCCAGCCCCAGCCCUCCUGGAAUGAGCUGCGUCAAGGCAGUGCCACUUAAAUUUGCUGACAAUGUCACCUGCUUGCCUUAGUGACGGUGAUCCUUAAUCAGGAUGUCAGAUUCAGACUCACCGUCAACAAAAGGUUUCAACAUGCGAUCCCUCAGAGUACCCUUAAAAUGCAGACCGUCAAGCAUCCUCCCACCCCAACCUGCAGAGUCAGAGUGUUCGGAGUCGGGCCUGGGAGUCUCCAUGCUCCUCAGGCAAAUGCUGUGUAGAUGCCUUCAAGUUGGGGACCACAUGCCAGGGCCGGGGGAGCAGAACUGCCUCAUAAAUGUUAGAGAUCUCGUCCUGUCGAGGACCCUCCCCUGGGGAAGUGGGUCCAGACGGUACUGCGGCCAGAGCCUUGGCCUCCACCUGCUCUUGGUCCUGUGUCUCUUCCACAGCUGGCUGCAUCUGGGCCACCCGAGUCCCACUCUAAGCCACGUGUCGUGUCCUUGCUAGAUAGUGGGUGCUGGUACCGCCUCCUCUCACCCUCUCUCAGAAGGCCUCACCCUUCUCUUCCUGCCCUACACUGAGGUUGGCUGACCUCUCAUAACUCCUAUUUCUCGAGCCUCAGCGGGCCCAUCACCAUUCACUAUUCAUUCCUCCACAUGAACUAUCCCCUCCCGGGACUCUCCUCGUGGGGCUCAUAGUCUAGUGGAGGAGACAGAUUAUAACCAUAGGAAAAUGAACUAUCGAGAUGACAGAAGCUACAAAGAACACCACCAAGGACUCAAAACAGAGGCCCAGGGGUGAGAGGGGGACUGUCCUCAGAUGCUCCUGGAGGCAUUUAGAUCAGUCCAAAUGUGGCUGCAUUCACUUUGGGCAGGUGGCAGUCACUGGGCAAUGGCCGUCUGUGUUAUUCCCAGGGCACACUCCGUGGACCGUCCCAGCAGCAAAUAUAUCAGAGAGGGGGGUCCCCACAGAGCCCUGCUUCUCCAGCUCUAGUUGGGACCAUCAUCCAACUCAGCAGGGCUGAGAGGCCGAGUACAAGCAUGAAUUCCAGCUAUUUCCAAGACUGCUGAGCAGUAGGGCUUUGGGAGUCUGUCUGCAAGUGUCAGAGUACCCUGGGCCGAGGAACAGCACCAGCCCAUCCAGAAAAUGCCCUCUGCCCUGGGCACCUCAAUGUCUGUUUCCACUUGUGUUUUGAGCAUGGUGCUGGGAGUUGUGCCUGGGACGUGGUUGAGACCUCGUCCUGCACUUGACCUUCUGCUAAGGUGAACGAUCAUUUGCAUCAGUUCAGUUUCGGUGGAGCUGGGGAGGCAUCUGCUUUGAGUAGCUUUUGGGUCACUGUGGAUACCUCUUUGGUGCAGGACUGAGUCUCUCCAUCCAUUCAUUCAUUCGUUUCAACAAAUAGUUUUACAUCUUACUAUGUUCCAGCACUGUGUGAGGCUCUGAAAGUACGAGGGUGAGCAACUCUCCACGUCUUCCCUGCUCCUAUAGCAUUUGCUGUGGGCGGGAGUGCAGGUCACAGCCCUGGGUUUGUGGGAUAUUCUGUAAACCUCAUAAAAACAGUUGAAUCUAGAGUGGCCUUCAAACUCAACCCAGGUGACUUUCCUGUACUUUUCUGGUAGUUACAAAAGACAUACACGAAACACCUUGGAAACCUAGGUGUGGGAAGCUCAAUCCCCAAGCAGUGUGUGAAUUUCCUUCCCAAAGAGCUUCUGGGAUACGAGAGCGUGUUGCAUGCAUUCUGAAUCGACCCUGGACUCUCCUGGCUGGCUGUCUCUGCUGUACCACAUUCGGUGCCAUGUCACCUGGGACACUAAGGCCUGUCGAGACAUGAGCGACGCCUCUGCCCCACUGUGGCAUGCAUUUGGGAAGCAAGCUGGGAAGAGGUGGUGGCGUCUGGGAGAAAACAUGCAACUUUUGACCUGUAGGUAGAAUCCGCCUCCCUGGGUGCUUAUCAGGUAUUCAACACCAACACAAGUAAGACAUCCAAGAAGCAAAUACUAGGACCAAACGUGUUACUGGCAACGACUGUAUUUGAAGGAACUGUAGUUUGCGCAUCUGACAACGUUUUUAUAAAGUACUGUAACUCUUUCAUCAAGGGGCUAUGUGAUGGAGACACUAAUUCAUUUUGUUAUUUGCAUUAAAAUUAUUUUGGGUCUCUGUUUAAAUGAGUUUGGAGAAUGCUUGACGUGCUCCUCUGCAUGAAUGUGCGUACACAUCCCCGAACGUGGAAAUCGGAGACCUCCCAUUCCCACCCACUCUGCUACAGGCCUGAGCCCCUUAAGAACAGACUGGAGUUCUAGGAUGCUCCGUGUUAACUAGGACGAAGAAACCUAGAACUCCAAGCCUUCGUGUAAACACAGAACACAGAAGCCUCGGUGGAAGCUGUCUCAUAGUUCAAACCUGCCUGGGUGGGGAAUUACUAAACUCACUAAUAGUUUACAUUUACUUACAACACAGUGGACAAUGUGCAUAUCGGAAGGCAGUGAUGGGAAAAAAAUCUAGGGAAAACCCUAAAAGUUAUCUUUGAAUCUUGGUUUAGGGACAAAUGUGAUUUUAGGGUAGAUAGAUACUUUCUACUUAAUGUACCUUUAAAAUAGUCCAUUUUCUACGUUUUGUAUCAUCUGAAACUGUACAUGAAAAAUAAAAUUUAAAACCAU